CAUCGCCGGUGACUACUUACCGGCGAGUUGAGGUCAUAAAUACAGUUGUCUGCUACAAUCUCAGUUACUGAUUUUCUAAUUUUUGGAAGGGAGGUGGAAUCCAGAGUGUCGAGAUGGUUUCGGAGCUGAUAUACAGAGGGCACGAGGCUCAACAGGCUUCAGAUACGUACUCGCCGAAGCCGGUGAAGCCGUGGUCGUCCGUGGCACGGCCUAUUCGUUACUUGCUCCGGGAGCAGCGCCUUCUCUUCGUGCUUGUCGGCGUUGUGAUUGCCACUCUGUUUUUCACCGUGUUACCUUCACCUCACGGCCCGCGAGACGCGGACUACUCGAUCCCGCUCACCGAUUCCGACUCUUACUUCCGCGAGACGCGGAGUAAGGUAUCCGUCCCGCAGCGAAUCGGGUUCGGGUCAGCGAACCCGACGGGGAAGAUCCCGCUGGGGCUGAAGAGGAAGGGACUGAGGAUCGUUGUCACCGGUGGCGCCGGAUUCGUCGGUUCCCACCUCGUCGACCGUCUAAUUGCGAGAGGCGACAGCGUGAUCGUGGUGGACAAUUUCUUCACCGGGAGAAAGGAAAACCUGAUGCACCACUUUGGGAACCCCAAUUUCGAGCUAAUCCGCCACGACGUCGUCGAACCUCUUCUUCUGGAGGUCGACCAGAUCUACCACCUCGCAUGCCCCGCAUCUCCGGUGCAUUACAAAUUCAACCCCGUCAAGACUAUCAUAUCCUUAAUUUUUCCGACCAAUGUGGUGGGUACAUUAAACAUGCUGGGGUUGGCGAAGAGAGUGGGCGCGAGGUUCCUCCUGACCAGCACCAGUGAGGUCUACGGAGAUCCUCUGCAGCAUCCCCAAGUCGAAACGUACUGGGGAAACGUUAAUCCCAUCGGUAAGUUUCUUUUCCUUUCCUUUCCCUUUUUUUUGCCGCCGUACCGGAAACUUAAGAACUGGCGUCCUUCCUCCGUCUCUUCCGGUUGCGUCUCUUUUGACUCGUGGUCGUGGCUUUCCUGUCCUUGACCAGAACGAACCCCGCGGUUCGUGUUUGGUUUUUUCGGUCUGGUGUGACGAGUUGGGUCCUCUACGUUUGUCGUAUUUAGGAUACUGUGCGCUCGGGUGGAAAUCAUAACCAUUAGAACGCCGUGAUCAGCGGCUCAUUAAUCUGACGGUCCACGUUUUUCUCAUCUAGAGAGUAAAAUCGUAAAAACAUUAGGAGUAAUUUAACUCCGUAAAUCUUUUCGAAGGUGUCAGCAGGGUAAAAACGGUGCGGGGGUGUGGGGGACAGUUUUGUAAUUUCGGGGAAAGGUCUGGUGUAGUCGUUACAGUAAUAAUGUUAUAUAGAUCUCAUCUGAGCAAGUCUGGUUGGUUCUGACAAGGAACGGUUUUUUUUUUUUUUUCCGGGGACCAAAAAUGUGGGGAAUGUUGUACAGGUGUCAGGAGCUGUUACGAUGAGGGAAAGCGCAC